AUGGGCGAAGAGGAUGAAGAAUUGGAUGAUCUUUUAUUUGGUAGUUCUAUAAAUUUGAUUCCACUGUUAAUUGAUUUAUACGAAGAGAUACCGAUGAUGGGAUCCAUUACUGAAUAUUUAUCAGUACAGAUAUCCCGGUUUCAACCUUCAGUAUUUAAGACUUUUUUAACUGAAUUGUAUAACCAAUGGAAUACACUUGUUGAAAUUGGAAAAAUUGAUAGGGAAAUCAGAACCCAACGUCUAAAUAAUUCCAAAUCUAUCAUUUUAUCCCUGAUUUUUGGGUCUUUUUUCACCGAUGCUUUAUCGAUAAUAUCCCAUAAAGGGGUGGGUAUGAAUAAAGGAAUGGUGGUGGUUACAGAAACGUCACAUGAGUAUAAAUUAGAUAGGAAAAGUGAAGAAAAAUUGAUUGAAUUCGAUUUUAAUGAAUUAUUAUCACCAUUUGAUCUCGUGGUGAACCAAGGUCAGAUCGUCCCAUUGACUGCAGAUAUUCAACUGGAGAAGAAACCUCACAUCCUGGGAGAGAUCAAUCAGAGAUCAUACUUUGUUCAAUUGGAAAAUUGGUAUUGUAGUUGUGAGGGUUAUCAGAGAUGUUAUACCAGAUCAUGGUUAGACUCAUCUUCCACUGUUGAUCAUCGUCUUGAUUUUCAAAUGGAUGAAUUGAAGUUCAUAAAGUUUGAUGAUCUAGAUCCUAUUCCGAUGUGUUCCCAUUUAAUGGCAACACUAAUAGUUCGUCUUAAUAAUCUCCCACUCAAUGAGAUCAACCAUUUACCUUCACAAAUCACCUGA